AUGCCCGGUCUUCUUCUUUCUUCCUCGAGCCCAGCAACUUCGAGCGUCGCCGCUGGGCCCGCACCCACAGACCAACAGCAGGACUGCCACGUGGCCAUCCUCAAGCGCCUGGCACAGCUAGAGGAGUCCUUGGCCACUCCACCAUCCCCGGGAAUCGAAAUGAUUCUGCGAGCCGAGAGUGAUACGCGGGACCUGCAAACAGCAGCAGAACCUCAUCUGUUGUCUAUACCAUCACCUCUUCACCCAAAGUCAAAUCAAUCCAUCAAUACCAUACUAGUCGAAACACUUACAUACAGAGACUUCGCAUCGCUAUCACCUACCCGCAACAUGGCAGAUCAGCUUGUCGAGGCCAACCACUUCACUGCAUCGCACGGCGACGUAGAUAUGGAAAAUCAGACACCUGAGCAUUCAUUGGGGAGCCACGACAACGCAACACCUUUGCCAAACGUCUAUCCGCCUCUAGUUUCUCGUUGCAUCAUUGUCUUUAGCCUCAUGCUGGCCACCUUUCUGAGUAUCAUCGGUACCGCAAUCCCAAUGAUCACGACUGAAUUCAACAGCAUGGCGGACGCAGGCUGGUAUGGCAGUGCUUUCUUCCUCACCAUGGCCACCUUCAUGUCUGCGUGGGGCAAAGGGUACAAGUAUUUCUCGAUGAAGCUGGCGUAUAUCUUAGCCGUAGUUAUCUUUGAGGUUGGCAGACUGGUUUGCGCCCUCGCACCUAAUAGCAUUGCUCUGAUCUGCGGCCGUGCCAUUCAGGGCAUAGGCGCCGCGGGUACCAUGACCGGCGGCUACACCAUCACGGCUUUUGUGACCCCUCCUCACACACAGCCCAUCAUUAUCGGCUUGAUAGGCUCCGUGUUCACCAUAGCCAGCAUCGCCGGCCCCUUGUUGGGAGGUGCCUUCACGUCCGAAGUUACCUGGCGGUGGUGCUUCUACAUCAACCUGCCUACUGGCGGCCUGGCUCUGCUUUGCAUGUUGUUCUUUUUCAGAACCCCACCUCAAGCCAAGGCGAACUACAACACACCCAUAAGAGAGGUCCUUAUGAAUUUUGACCCCGUAGGCUCCGUGCUGGUGUUUUCUGGAGUCCUAUGCUUCUUCAUGCCUGUGCAAUGGGGAGGUGUCGUCAAGCCAUGGAGUUCGUCCGUCGUGAUCGGUCUCCUGGUGGGCUGUGUCGUCAUCUUUGGGUUAUUUUUCGCCAACGAACACUACCAAGGUGACCGUGCUCUCAUCGUCUAUCGCAUCUUGGGUUUGCGGUCCAUCGCAGCGUCUUGUGGUUUUGCAUUCUUUAUGAACGCUGCGAACAUCGCGUUGCAGUACAAUCUGCCCAUCUACUUCCAGGCUAUUCAAGGCAGAACACCAGUAGAUAGCGGCAUAAGAAUGAUACCCUCGAUCUUGGGAACUGCCCUUACCACGUUAGUCGGAUCCGGCGUCAUGGGCAAACUUCAAAUGUUCCAGCCUUUCUUGCUAGCAUCAGGAGUUCUCAGCGUUAUUGGCUGCGGGCUCAUCUACUCCUUCCAGCCGGACGCGGGCCUUGGUCCCAUCAUCGGGUACCAGAUACUGUAUGGUGUUGGAGCAGGCCUGGGAGUCCAGACACUGAACCUCGUAGCGACCAUUACAUCUACACACCAUGACGUAUCCAUUGCCGUCGCCACGGUCUCAUUCUUCCUUCUCCUCGCCGGCGGCUGGGGGGUCGCUGUCACAGACGCCAUCCUGAACAAUCUAAUCCUCGAGCGAACUCCCCGCUACGCUGCCAACGUCGACCCUCACGCUGUACUCCUGGUUGGCGCCGCCGGGAUCCACAAAGCGUACAGCGGUGAGGAGCUCCGGGGCGUGCAGAUGGCGUACCUCGACGGCCUCCACGGCGGAUGGGCGCUCGGAACGGCUGCCUUUGGCGUCGCUGUUUUCUGGGCCCUGGUCCCCGAGUGGCCAGGGAAACUCGCCCCGCCCGCCUCGGAUGAUGAUAGCUCACAGACCGAGGAGGAGAAGGAGGCCGUCAAAAGGGGCCAGGCGGAUACCGCUAUUGCUACCGUUUGA